UUCUCUAACUUUAAUUCAUCAUGUCUGGACGCGGCAAAGGUGGCAAGGGUCUCGGCAAGGGCGGCGCCAAGCGUCACCGCAAGAUCUUGCGCGACAACAUCCAGGGUAUCACCAAGCCCGCUAUCCGCCGUCUCGCUCGUCGUGGUGGUGUCAAGCGUAUCUCCGCCAUGAUCUACGAGGAGACCCGCGGUGUCCUCAAGACCUUCCUCGAGGGUGUCAUCCGUGACGCGGUCACCUACACUGAGCACGCCAAGCGCAAGACCGUCACCUCUCUCGACGUUGUCUACGCCCUCAAGCGCCAGGGCCGUACCCUGUACGGUUUCGGUGGCUAAGCAU